AUGACCGAAGAAGAAAAUAAAGUUUUGUCUGAUAUUCAUGUUUCCACGCAUUAUGAAGAAGUAAAUGGUGCAAAUUCCAAGAAAAGAGUUGUGUCAAGAUUUGUUUUUACUUUACCAAUAUCAGAAGAGAUAGAUUCUGACCAUGAUGAAAAUCUCAAAGAUCAUAAUUUAGAAACAGUUUUAGCAGAUGUUGGUCUUCAGAUUUGGUCUGGUUGUUUGUUAUUAUGUGACUAUAUAAUAUAUAACAAUACAGAAUUUAUAAAUAAAACAAUAUUAGAUCUAGGAGCAGGAUGUGGUCUAUCUAGUAUUGUAGCUGCCAUGUUUGCUUCUACAGUAUACUGUACAGAUUAUAGUGAUGAUAUAUUAGAUCUAGCUAGAGAAAAUAUUGAAUUAAAUAAUCACCUAAUACCAGAUUUAGACAACAUUAUAGAGAUUAGGAAGCUGGAUUGGAUGAACUGGGGUUGUGUAAAGAAAGAGAAUGAUUUAUCCGUGAAAGAAGCUAGUGAAGUGGAAGUUUUUAUAGCAGCGGAAGUGAUCUAUGAUAUAGAUUUAACAACAGCUCUGUUUAACACCAUAACUUAUCUGUUAGACUCAUCCUCAAAAACUGUUUAUAUAUCAUUGGAAAAAAGGUGUAAUUUUAGUGUAAAUGAUUUAACAGUAGUGACUCCAGCGUAUUCUCAUUUCCUAGAAUGUCUAGAGAUUCUUCAAUCGAACCUACAGUCAGCAGAUUGUCGGCUGGAAUAUAACAGAGUCAGCUGUGAUUUUCCUCAAUAUUUUAAAUAUUCCAGGCUUAAAGAGUUGGAACUGUGGAAGAUAACAUCAAAGAAAAGAUAUCCAAAAAGAUGA